AUGACUGAAUCUGAUUUGGCUAGAGAUCUAUUACACCCGUUGGCGGUGGACGAGCGACGCAAAUGUAAACUCAAACGUCUGGUACAACACCCCAACAGCUUCUUCAUGGACGUGAAGUGUCCGGGUUGUCUGAAGAUCACAACCGUCUUCAGUCACGCGCAGACUGUCGUC